UUCCUGUCUCGACCUCUGGCACAGAAGCGGCUGCAUCACAGCAGACGUGUUCAACAUGAUUCGAACCUUCAACAAAACCAACCUGAGGGGCUUGACCAGUCUCUUGCAGCGGUUCCAGAGCACGCUGGUGGUCGCUGAGCACAACGAUGACAAGUUGACUCCCAUCACACUCAACGCCAUCACGGCUGCCAACAAGCUUGGUGGGGACGUGUCCUGUCUGGUUGCUGGAGCAAACUGUGGCAAGGUUGCAGAAGAAAUCAGCAAGGUUCAGGGUGUCAAGAAAGUUUUGGUGGUCCAGCAUGAUUCCUACAAAGGUGCACUUCCAGAGGAGUUGACUCCACUCAUCCUGGCAACACACAAGCAGUUCAACUUCACCCACAUCUGCGCCGGAGCUUCAGCCUUCGGGAAGAACCUGCUUCCCAGAGUUGCAGCCAAGUUGGAUGUUGCUCCAAUUUCAGAUAUUAUUGAGAUCAAGUCACCAGAUACGUUUGUUCGAACCAUCUAUGCUGGUAACGCUCUCAGCACCGUGAAAUGUAAUGAGCCAGUGAAGGUGUUCACCGUCAGAGGGACGUCGUUCGAGGCUGCAGCCACAGAAGGAGGAAGUGCAACGAAGGAAGAUGUUGCUGCUACCUCGCCUAUGGAUGUCUCUGAGUGGGUGGAGCAGAAUCUGACCAAGAGUGAUCGUCCAGAGCUGACCAGCGCCAAGGUGGUGGUGUCAGGAGGGCGCGGGCUGAAGAGUGGAGAGAACUUCAAGCUGCUCUACGAUCUUGCUGACAAAAUGAACGCCGCAGUGGGCGCCUCUCGAGCUGCAGUGGACGCCGGCUACGUUCCCAACGACAUGCAGGUCGGACAAACCGGAAAGAUCGUGGCCCCGGAGCUGUACAUCGCAGUGGGCAUCUCUGGAGCCAUUCAGCACCUGGCAGGGAUGAAGGACAGCAAGACCAUCGUCGCCAUCAACAAGGACCCUGAAGCCCCCAUCUUCCAGGUGGCCGACUUCGGGCUGGUGGCCGACCUGUUCAAGGCUGUUCCUGAGAUGACCGAGGCGUUGAACAAGUGAAGAAGAGCAACACACGUUUUCCAUGGCAACGCUGCUCACGCCGACUCUCGAAUGGAUUUGGCAGCUAGUGACGUGCUAACAGUGCUAUCACGGUAGCUUCCGGUUUUUAAGUGAGUGAGGUGGAAUUCAGGAUUUUUAACAGCAGAUCCCGUCCUGCUAGGAACACUGAGGUCAUGUCAUGGUGUUCUGCAGUGGCUUCUCUCUGUAGCUGAUCAAGAUGCAAUUGUUUUUUUUUCUCCUCAAAAUAAUGUAUCCACUUGAUAAUAAAUAAACAUUUGUUAAUUCUCCUUC